CGCACCCAGACACCCAUCCUUAUAUACGCGCGCAGCUUAACGUACGCGGUGACGCCGCCAGCAGCUCGCUCUCGCACCGACCGUCCCAGAAAUAUCUCGUCGGCGGUCAGUUGAGCUGCGAGCAACCAUCAACCAAUCAAGGACGACGACGCACGGAUCGAUGGCCACGCUCUCCUCCUGCAGCCGCCUGAGUAGCGGCACCGGCGCCGCGGCUAUCCGCCGGCAGCCGAAGCCGACCCGUGCAGGAGUCCUGUUCACCAGCCGGCGGGGCUCCUCCGCGAGCGUUCGCACGGCCGCCGCCGCUGCCACUGCGGCGCCGGCCGCCGUAGAGCAGCAGAACACGGGGGUGUCGGUGUCGCUGCCGACGUGGGCGGAGUUCGAGCUCGGGCGGGCGCCGGUGUACUGGAAGACCAGCAACGGCCUGCCGUCCUCCCCGGGCGAGGGGCUGACCCUGUUCUACAACCCGGCGGCGAGCAAGAUGGCCCCGAACGACGUGUUCGGCGUGGCGUUCAACGGCGGCUUCAACCAGCCCAUCAUGUGCGGCGGCGAGCCGAGGCAGAUGACGCUGCAGGUCCGCGGGAAAGCCGACCCGCCCAUCUACACCAUCAGGAUACGCGUGCCGCAGCACGCCACAAGCUUGAUCUUCUCCUUCACCAACGGGGCCGAGUGGGACGGGCCGUACACCCUCAAGUUCAGGGUCCCGAAGCCAUGGCAGAAGAAGCCGCUGAGCUUCUUCAACGAGGGCCUGGCGGACGAGCUCAACAGGGAGGGCGCCUGCGACCUGGCCAUCUACCCGGACGAGAACAUCGCCAUCACCAGCUGCGCCAUGGACGGCUACCUCGACGAGGGGGGGGAUCGGUGCAAGCUGGAUAUCGUGAGCGGGUGCACGGACCCCAGCUCCGACAUGUUCGACCCGCUGGCCACCGUCGACGACGGCUCCUGCCCACUCGAGUCUGAUUCCGAGGAAUGAAGGAGCUUCAGUUCGAUCCUUUUUUUUGUGGGGGGCAAGGAAACGUGGUCCAUACAUCUUAUCAGUGCAAGUUUGUGAUCAUGUGAUACAUGAAGCAUAUACGUGUACGUAUUUCACCAGACUACCUGCACCGGUGAGCAAGAUGAUCUCCUACUUGCACCACCAUUAGAGCAGUGGAUAUGAUCUCAUACUUGCGCGUUGCACUAGUAGAGUUGUGGAUACUUAGGAUCCAUCAUUGCAAACUCUGAUACAAACCAGUGUAAGCUGAGCUGCAUGGAUUGCAGAUCUGUAUACCUACGGCUCAUGCAGCUAUACCGUCCUGGAUUGUACCACACAAUCAAUAUUAUCAAAUGUAAGAUA